UGAGUCGGGUCCAGGUGGACGGACCAACUCAUUUCUGGUUUCUUUCUUUCUUUUCUUUCUUUCCAGCGAAAAAUUGCAAUUUGCAGCAGCAUUUGGGAAAGUGAAGUGCACGUCUCCCUCCUUUGAUCAUUCAUUCAUCAAACAAAUUCCAAUCCAGCAAGUACCAAACCCUCUCUCGCGGCCAAUCCAUGGAUCGCCGCCGCCAGCACCACGCCGGAGAAUUCGUGACGGACGUGGUGCUGUGGCGGCGAGGCCGGGCGGAGCUGAGCGCGCUGCUGCUGGCGGCCGCCGUCGCCUCCUGGAUCCUCUUCCACGGAGCCUCGGGUUACACGGCCGUCUCGCUGGCCGCCGACGUGCUCCUCCUGCUGCUGGCGGUGCUGUACGCGUGGUCCAGGGCCGCGCGCCUCCUCGGCCGCCCCGCCCCGCCCAUCCCCGACCUGCAGCCGGCGGCCGACGAGCUCGCCGCGCUGAUUCAUUCGUGCCUCGCCGACCUCGCCUCCGCCUUCCGCCGCGUCGCGCAGGGCCAGCCCGGCUCCGGCCAGGUGUUCCUCUGCCUCGCCGCCGCCGCCCUGCUGGGCCGCCUCGCGCGCGACCUCCCCACCCUGUGCUACGCAGUUGUGGUGGGCGCUCUGACGAUCCCGGCGGUGUACGAGAGAUUGAGCAUGGAGCGAUACAUGAGGAUGGCAUCUCUCAACAUGUACAGAUACGAGGUCUUGUACCAGAGCCUCUCCCUCACCUGCUACCUCAGCACCAGGGACUACCUCAUCGAGCUGCUCAAGGAAGCAUGAUCAAUUCAUGCUUUUCUUUUCUCUUCUUCUCUUCCAUUUUUGAUGGACGAUUGUGUUUGGGCUUUUUCUUUUUCUAGUGUGCCUGCUUCUGCUUCUGCUUAGAUUGAGAUUGAUCGAGUCGAGUUGAUUUGGUAGCUGCUGCUUACGGCUGUUGGCGUUCGAGUGUGCUCCUAGCACUCCUAGAUAUAUAUAGAAUGAAUGAAUGAAUGAAUGAAUGAAAAUUGGUUGUGAGAUUGCACAAAAACAUUUUGUCUCUGUCUGUGCUGUCA